AUGUCAAAUCAAUCAGGUAUAGUUGCUGAACAACAAUUGGUUGAUAAUUUAAGGAAUGCUGAGGUAGGAUCAAAAGGGAUAGUUAUAAUUACAGGUGAGAUAUCUGAUGAUUUCACCAGUGUGUUGUAUAAAGCCAAAUAUAAUAGCAUUGAAGAAUUGAAAUCAAAUUUGGGUAAAGAACCUUUAUAUGUUUUUAUCAAAGAUUCUUCGAGUUCUGCACCAGAUCAAUAUAACUUCAUUUCAUUUGUUCCAGAUGAUUCUCAUGUUAGAUACAAGAUGUUGUAUGCUUCAACUAAGAAUACAUUGGUCAGACAGAUAGGUACCAAUGAUAUUAACAAGCAAGUUUUGUUUACUGUUCCUGAAGAAUUCGAUGAUAACUUGAAUGACAGUGAAGAAAUCAAAUCUACUUUACUUUCUGAAUCUGAAAGAAGCAAUAUAGAAGUUGAAGAACAACAUCGUAGUAUGCGUUUAUCCCAAUUCGCCAAAAAUCAUAAAUUAGUUUCACAAACUGAUGGUGUUCCUGCUUCUUUGGCAUUCGAUGUUGUCACUGGUGGCUCUUCGAUUUCAGAUUCAUUAAACACAAAUAAUGUCAUUCAAUUUACAAUCGAUGGACAAAAUGAAAAUGUCCAGAUUAUAAAUAAAGAGACUAUCAGUCGUCCAGAAGACUUGAAAAUAAUUCAAGAACACCCAAGUUAUACAAUCUUUAAGAAUGGUGAUAUGUUAUACUUCAUUUACAGUUGUCCUUCAGGUAGUAAAGUUAAGGAACGUAUGUUGUACGCCUCUAACAAAACAGGAUUCAUCAAUCAUUUGAAAGAUUCUGAAAGUAUAAAUUUUGCAAAUGUUUUAGAAAUUGGUGAUCCAGAAGAAUUAGAAAUUUCAUUGAUUUCAAGUAAAAAUGAAGAAGAAGCUGAUGCAAAAGUUGAUAGUGGUUCUUCUGCUCAAAGAUUCAGUAAACCUAAGGGCCCUAUGAGAAGGAAAAGGGCUUAA